UGACGAGCUCAACAGAGUACAUUUUCUGGUACGAUUUCGGUACACGCGCUGCGCGAGCUCCUCCAAAGAUAUAAUAGUAACACACAUACCGUACUGUAACUUGAGUCGCCGAUCAUUACAGUAAUUACUGUGAGAACGACGAAUUCAUCAAUUCAUCAAUAGUAUUAGAUACGGUACAGUAACGUACUGUAUGUGCUGUCAACACUCUCGUCUGACGCAACACACUAUUUCAAAGCUCGACAUACAACUUUCAGUGGGAAGAUAGGACGACGUCUUAUUGCAGUACACCGCGGAUUCAACCCUGUGCAAGAAAAUGAUUGCUUCUGCUGAGGACAACGAAACAAACGACGACGGAGCGAAAAGUGUAGAGCAACAAGAUGGUACACAAGAGUUUCGUUCCCGCUACGUGUUGCAGAAGGAAAUCGCCAAAGGAGGUUACGGCACAGUAUGGUUAUGCAACCCCAUCUCGGACAUAGAAAAGGAGUAUGCGGUGAAAGUAAUCGAUCGAAAUAGUUUGAGAGAAAAGGAUGUUCAAGCCGUAUUCCGAGAAGUUGAGAUGAUGAAGGAGUUGAGAGAAGUGCCACAUGUCAUUACGCUUGUAGACUUUAUGGUCGAGCCUCAACAUUUAUACGUUGUCCAGUCAUAUGCCAGAGGCGGAGAUUUGUUCUUUAGACUUUCUCAGAAAAAGCAAUACACAGAAAAAAAUGCAAGAGAUAUUGCCCUCGUUCUUUUCAAAACUUUGGAUGAGAUGCACACCAAAUAUCGAAUUGUCCAUCGUGAUUUAAAGCCAGAGAAUCUUUUGUUGGAAGGGGAUGACAUUGAUGGUACAAAGGAUGUAUACCUUGCAGAUUUCGGCUUUGCUCGUCGUGUGACAGAAAAAGGCCUGAAAACGCGGUGUGGCACCCCAGCUUUCGUUGCUCCAGAGAUUAUUUUAGGGAGGAAUUACAACGAAGCUGCUGAUAUGUGGUCUAUAGGCGUCAUCCUGUUCGUGCUGCUUGGAGGAUACAAUCCAUUCAUAGAAGGUGCAAAUGAUCUUCGAACUUUAUUUCGUAAGAUACGAGGUGGGGACUUUAUGUUCCGUCAAUCGCAAUGGAUAAAUGUCAGUCGCGAAGCCAAGUACCUUAUCGCUCGUCUUCUCACGGUGGACCCUGACUAUCGGUACACAGCAAAACAAGCUUUGGAGAGUGACUGGAUACGAAAGAUGGAAAAAAAAUCACUUGAAUCUAAUGAUUUGAAAGAUUCUCUAACUCUAAUCAAAGAAUUUAACCGAAGGUUGUCUUUGAAGGUAAGAAAAUUUUGAUACGAUCGAUUCGGAAUAAUGACUUUAUAUUUGCAAAAUGUCUUCAAUGGUUCACUUUCAGAAGAAAACUUACGGGCGUGUUCUGUUCAAUUAUCGACUUUUUCAUUGAAUGUGGUUUGAAGGCCGCAAUGAGCGCAGUGAGGUUCGCAGUUUCCGCAAAUUUUUGGAAUCCAGAAACGACAACAUUCUCGAAAUGGUCAACUAGGAUAAAUAUGAAUGACGAUGCUGUGAAUGCAGCUCUUCACUCUCCGACCAAAUCUACCUUCUAUGAUGAGUAUGAGCUCUUGCAUAAGAUUCGUGAUGGAGCGUGCGCCUCUGUCCACGAAUGUCGUCACAAAAAAACGGGGGAAAUGUUCGCAGUGAAGAUAAUCCGUCGGAAGAAGCUGCGACAUAGUGAAGAUGAAUUCGUAUUGAACGAGGCUUCCAUCUUGCAAUCACUUUCUAUACACAAAAAAUUCGUUGUUCAGGCUUGUGAUUUUUACGAAGAGGAGGAUUUUUUUUAUUUGAUACGAGAAUACAUGAAUGGGGGCAAUGUUUUCGACCGACUUUCAAAAAAGAGCAAAUACACGGAAAAAGAUGCAAAAGAGCUUACGAGGAGUAUUCUGGGUGCUGUCAAAUGUAUGCACGAUGCAGGGAUAGCGCACCGUGAUUUGAAGCCACAAAAUUUGUUGUUACGAGUAAGUUCUAAACAAUAAGACUUUACGCUCUCGUCAACAGUAGGUCGUUUGAUGUAUUGAUUCAAUGGUUCUGACUUUUUUUCUCUCGUGUUUCAUUUCAUGACAAACAAACAAAUACUCGUAGCUACAGGACGAUGAUUCCAAUAUUAAAGUUGCAGAUUUUGGCUUUGCACGAAGGGUGUACGCACCAAAUUGCCUCACAAGUCGGUGUGGUUCGCCAACUUUUGUUGCCCCGGAAAUAUUGAAAAACAUCCCUCACGAUCACAGGGCCGAUCUCUGGAGUGUUGGCGUGAUCAUUUAUCUCCUUUUGGUCGGCUAUCCUCCAUUUGCAAAAGAAACUCACGCUGAGCUUUUCGCACAGAUUCGUACCUGUGAUUGGAAGUUCUACCAAGAAGACUGGGAAAACAUAUCACCUGAUGCCAGGGAUUUGAUUGAAAACCUGUUAAUAGCAGAUCCUGAACAAAGAUGGACAGCGUCGGAAUCACUAGAAUGCUCCUGGCUGCAAAGCGGAGCCACCGAUGAAAAAGAGGGAGAAGAAGUGGAUCUGAUAGCGUCACUAGUAAGCAUGAGAGAUCAAACCGAUAAUUUGAGACGAUCCUCCUUAUCUAUUCGAUGGGACAAAGAUAAAAAUAUCCCUUCUGAUGUCCCGCUUCAAAACUUGGUAAGCAUUGCUAAACCUGAAAGUGGCGAUGAAAUGGACGAUCCAUAGAUUUGUGGACCGCUCUCUUCUGGCACUGCUUGCUGCUCCUUAGUGUUUAGGUCAUUUGCUUAUACUUCUACCAGCAGUUCCGCCCUGAUGAUAUAAGUGUGCAAGCUAGAACCCAAAUCAGAGCUCAUCAAUAAUAAUAGUUGACUUCA